CUUAGUUACACGCAUCAAAAUACAACGGCUGCAUUGGCUAGGUCAUGUUGUCAGAAUGGAUGAAGAAGCUCCAGCAAAGAAGUCUUUUGAAGGCAAACACGGUGGUACACGCAAACCGGGAAGACCAAAAGCCCGAUGGAAAGAUGCACAAGCCUGGUUUAUGUUACAGAAUAUUUCAUCCCAUAGCCAAGGAAUUCCAAAAGGAAAAGUUUGGCCUAUCACAUCAGCCUAUUGAUGAUUUUUUCAAAUCACAGUGGCAAACAUCACAAAAGUCCUAUCUAUGGUUACUCUACCGAUGGGGUUUAGCCAUUUGCUUUUGCAUAGGAGUCUUGGGAAGUUUAAUACAAUAUUUGUCCAAGGGCAAGUGGUUCAUAUAUCUAACCAAUUGGGGUUUCCUGUUAUGCAUGUACAUAAGCCUUUUCUCUGCAAUUUUAGUCACUAUUUAUCAUUUUAAGCCAGAUAUUUAUGGAAAUAACAGUACAGUAUUGAAAUUUUACUGGGCAUCCCAUUGGUCAGUUUUGGUACUGGCGACAGUGAUUACGUUUAUGUAUUGGAUGUUCAUAUUUCCAACUGACAAUGCUAAUGCUUCAGACUUAUACAAUCUAUGGGCCCAUGGAUUUAACUCGAUUUUAAUGGUCUUAGAUCACAUGUUGGUUGCAUUUCCUACACGAUUACUGCAUUUUAUUUAUCCACUUUCUUUGGGUGUCCUAUAUGGAGUAUUUUCUGUUAUAUAUUAUUAUGCUGGCGGACUUGACCCGAGUGGUAAUGCGUACAUCUACGAAAUUCUAGACUGGUCAAAACCGGGAUGGGCCGCAGUAAUCGUUGUUGGAUGUGUGGUAUUAGUUUUAGUAUUCUGCUUCCUGCUGUUCUGUCUAUAUAAACUAAGAAGUUAUAUUUAUUGUAAAUGUAGAAAUUCCAAAUUGACUAUAAGCGUUUAAAACAUAAGCCUACAUCAAUAAAAAAAUAUACAUAUA